AUGGUGAGAUUUCAGAAAGAACUGACAGAAGAGUUUUUGAUUCGUGGAAGAAAACGACGAUUUCCCCCCGCUGUAUACUAUAUUGUUUCAUCGAUGUCAGUUGGUAUUUUUCAUAUUCUCUGCACGUUCUUUCCGAAGAUCCGGCUGGUUUUUGAAAGCUAUGCUCACCCCCAAAGUUCAGCUGAUUUGGUCGAGUAUAACGGUCAACUCUAUCCCGUCUACAAGGAAAAGCUGGGAAAGGACGUAGUUGGCAGUAUAGCGUAUGAGUACAUUCAAAACGGAGCCUAUAUGAUUGUGUAUAUCGAUCAUACGCGACGAAUCUUCAACUGGGUUUCCCAACGCUACGAAGUACCCGAGGUGGACAAGUACAUUGAACUACUAACGCGCAAAGAGAAAGAGAUCUUUUUUGGCCGGAAUGAGAUUCCAAUGCCAGUAGAGAAUAGUUUACUGAUCUGUUUUAAUGCUAUGUUUAAUGGAGUGAAUGUAUAUACGAUCUUUGGAAUCGGUUUAUGGAUUGUGAUUAAGUACUAUGUUUAUGCCGGUUUGAUCUUUAUGUUAAUGAUGUAUACGGUUAUGAUUGAAGCCCAACGGGCUUUGAAGAAGAACAAAGAGACACGUAAGCUAGCUAAACAGACAAAAACAGUCUUUUUACUGGGUAGUGAUGGUUUAGGGAUGGAGAUAAGAUCAACAGAUGUAGUGGUAGGUGAUAAGUUAGUCCUAGUACCUUUUUUAGAGGCGCCUUGUGACUGUACUGUACUGAAAGGUACUUUAGCCGUGGAUGAAGGGUUUGUAACGGGUGAGAGUGUGCCGGUCCUGAAGAAACCUGGGGCUGAAGUCCUUGGGGGGACAAUUGUACUGCAAGCUAUGUCAGAUAGGGAAGAUACACUACUGACUUGUUCUACUAUUGAUAAGUACGUUAGUAAUGGCAACUUUGCGAUUGUUGAGGCGACUAAAACAUCCUUUCAAUCGGCUAAAGGUAAAGCCUUCCGGAACUUGAGUAAUCAGAAAGUAACUCGACCCCCUGUUUAUUUUGAUACUAUUAAGUUGAUUGGCGCUACUGCAGUGCUUUCAACUCCAUUUUUAGGAGUGAUCUUUUGUUACUUGGUUAAGCAAGGUUUGGGUGUUUUUGUUUCUGUUUGUUAUAUCUUUGAUUUGUUGUACGCGAUUGUUUCGCCAUCUUUACCCACUUCUAUUUCCGUAGGUAUGUCCGUGUGUGCUAAGCGGUUGCAGAAGAAGAAGAUUAUCUGUAAAGACUUGGCGGCCACUAACAUAUCUGGGAGUAUUGCUCGGGUUUGUUUUGAUAAGACAGGUACUCUUACGGAAGAAGGUCUGGCUAUUCGUUGCAUUAAUAGUAAUGAGCAAGAGUUUCGGGAGGUAGAGGACUUACCAGACCAGGUAAGAACUGGUCUACAACUCUGUCAUUCAGUUGAGACAAUUGAAGAUAAGCAACUAGGCGAUCCACUAGAUAUCAAGCUCAUUCAUUUUUCCAAGGCUGAAAUUACCUACCAAGUUACACCAUUAGGCCGGCAAAAAACCAUUACUAGCCAAAACCAAGAGAUAGGUAGUAUUAUCAAACUUUUUGAUUUUGAUCCUAAUAAUCGGCGCAUGGGUGUAGUGGCGGCCAUUCCAACCGGCUAUCACUUUUUUUGUAAGGGCUCUCCCGAAGUGAUUGAGAUGCUUUGUCAUCCCAGUACACUUCCCGAGAGCCACCAAUCAACCAUCGACAAAUACCUUAUCGACGGAUACCGUGUAAUUGCCCUGGCCGGUAAGCCACUUACUAAUCCUAAUGAAGAUCUCCCAGCCCUGGAAAAAGAUCUAUCUUGGCUGGGCCUCCUUGUUUUUGAAAACCGACUCAAGAAAGAUACGGCUAAAACCAUCUCUACUCUUACUACUUCCGGGAUUGAAAGUAUUAUGUGCACCGGCGACGCCCUUCUCACUGCCAUUUCCGUAGCUACUAAUUGCAGUAUUAUUGAACGGCACUUACCCGUUAUCUACCCCACUAUCCCUAAACCUACUCCCCAGGCCUUAACGGCCAAAGAUCUUAUCUGGGAAUGCAAAAACUUUGAUGACGUCAUCUUUGAUAAAAUGGUUCUUAAACUCCGCAAAGGUAAUGACUAUGCCUCCUACCUUGAUUUUGUCAUUGCAGUUGAAGGCCAGACUUUUGACCUACUCAUGCAAUCACACGACUACCGCAAACUCAUUGAGAAGCGCUGCAAAGUCUACGCCCGGAUGAACCCCUCCCAAAAAAGCCGUGUUGUAGCCAUGUACAAGCAGAAUGAACUCGUUUGCUUCGUAGGAGAUGGUGCUAACGAUUGUAUGGCCAUUCAAACCGCAGAUAUUGGCCUUUCCCUCUCCAGUGAUACGGGUAAUGCCGGCGAGUUCUGUGCGGCCUCUUACGUCUCCUACCACCCGGAAAUCACUAGUAUCCUUAGUAUUAUCAAAGAAGGUAAAUGCACAAUCAUCACUACUAUCAACAAAAUAGAACAAAUCCUUAUCUUAACUAUCACCCAAUUUAUUGCUCUUAUCCUCCUUCAAACCCAUUUGCUUUUCCUGUCCGACCGCCAAAGUAUCUACUCCGAUAUUUUCAUUGCUAUUCCCUUAGGUAUUAUUAUGUCCCGUUUCCAGAGCAGCCAUAAGAUGACUCGACGUCGUCCUAAAAAACGGCUGGCUACCAAACUUAUUAUUAUCUCUAUCUUUAUUCAUUGUUUUAUUCAUGCCCUCCACCAGUUAUUUAUCAUCUACUUUAUGCAGUACUUUGGUCAUACCCGGACGGAACCGCCUUUCAAAACCGGCCAUCUUUGUGAGUGCUCCCAGAUAGGCACAGCUACCUUUUUCAUUUUCAAUGUCCAAAUCCUCUACAGUGGCUUCUGCUAUACACCUGGUGGACCAUUCCGGAGUAGCAAAAGAUCAAAUCCUCUUUUUAUUGCUUUCUUCCUUAUCCAUACUAUCUUGCUUUUGAUUUUACUUUUAGCUAUCUCUGAUACACCACUGGCCCGAACUUAUCUAAUUAAGUAUGCCACUAACUUACUGGACUUACUCCCACUUUCGGUCAAUGCUAUCGUAGCUAUCGCAACUUUAUCUCUCACUGAUAUGCUUUUGAUUCAAAUGCUAACGCGUAUCAUACAAGCACUUCUCCAUGCUUGA